AGCGUAAGAUUGCGUGAUUGAACGCGACGCAUGCGCAGUGUGACAAACAAACAAUAUGGCGGCGUCCUUACAGCGCCUCACGUCUGCUGGGAGAAAUCUCCUUCAAAGGAAUUUACUGAAGACAUUUUCUUCAAACAGGCUCACACCUGGAUCUCACAGACUGUUAUCGACCCAGGCUGCUCAACAAGUGGCCCUCAAUGUUCCUGAAACUAAGGUGACAACUCUAGAAAACGGACUCAGAGUGUCUUCAGAAGACUCUGGGCUCACCACCUGCACAGUGGGCCUCUGGAUAGAUGCCGGCAGUCGCUACGAGAACGCCAGAAAUAAUGGCACAGCACAUUUCCUGGAACAUAUGGCAUUUAAGGGCACCAGGAAGCGCUCCCAGCUGGAUCUGGAGUUGGAGAUCGAGAACAUGGGAGCUCACUUGAACGCUUAUACAUCUCGAGAACAAACGGUGUAUUACGCCAAAGCUUUCUCUAAAGAUCUUCCACGAGCUGUGGAGAUCCUGGCAGACAUCAUCCAGAACAGCACGCUGGGGGAGGCGGAGAUCGAGAGGGAGCGGGGGGUGAUCCUCCGAGAGAUGCAGGAAGUGGAGACCAACCUGCAGGAAGUGGUCUUUGAUUACCUGCACGCGACUGCGUACAGGGACUCUGCUUUGGGACGGACCAUCCUGGGCCCCACCGAGAACAUCAAGUGAGACCCUGACCUGU